AUGGACCGCAAAUGCCUUUCCCUCAGCGGCAUCUCUGCACACCUGACGGAAGGAUGUACCGAUAGUUUGACGGUGGCCACAUUCAGUGCAUUCCAAGACGUAGGAAAGAGUACGGCACAUUCUUGCAGUGUUCUCAAGGUGAGAUGUCUAGGUAUACUGGCCUUGCUCGGGAAUAACUGCUCACUUGGCCUGUCCAAGUCAUUGCAGGAGAUCAAAUACAAAUGGAAUGUGAAUGGAGGAUGCGUUACGCCUGCGUUUUCGGGUGAUAAAACAGGUUACGAUGGCUUUCGUUCCCAAAUGAUAGACCCGAGCAGUAUGAGGUGGGCAGAGGCGUUGUCCGUCACGGUUCAUGACCUUGUGGGUGAUAAACAUGAGUACAACCUCGAUGAGCAUCGGGAUACGCGCAAGCCCACGUUGACACUUUGGCUCAAAAGAACCGGCGCUAGUUAUGUUCGCGUCUUCGACCCCAUUGCGCGAAAACCUUUCCUCAUGCCAGGAAAGACCGCCCAGGGUCCUCUCCUACUGGUCCACGUCGACCUAGCCCUGGGAAAGGCUGUCGAGGGCGUACGCUUUGACCUUGGCCCCCAAGCCAACGAGCUGAUGAAGGGGCGCUUCCGAGUCAUUCACGCCUGGCGACCUCUAAAGUCGAUCUACAAAGACCUUUUCGUGGUAGCUGAUGUCCCCGCCAUCCCGUAA